CCACACCUCCCAUGGACCACACGCGCACACGUGCACACGCACGAAACCUGCGCGCAGAUCUCAGCUGAGUUGCAGUGGCUUUGCAAGUGCCUUGGGCGUUGAUCGUGCUAGUAAAGACUGACAGCCAAGUGUGAGAGAACGCAACAGAAACGGGGCACUUUUUUAUCCAAUUUGCGUGUAAACUGAAGACAUGAACCAUUCCAAAUGUUUUUAGGAGAUACUUGUAUUACUUUUUCUCCUCAUAAAAACUUGCCAGACUCAACAGGCAGUUGCAGAAAGUGAGUUGAUGCCAUAAGAGGCUCGAUCGUCUUCAGCCACAGUCUUCUGCGUCUCCGCUCAGCAUGAACGGAACGUUUUUCAACCACACGAUGUUUACGCACGGCGUUCUGCUCAACCGCAGUCAGGAGCUCGCGGGGACUCUCGUUGACUGCUGCACGGGUAACGGGAGCGAAGUGACCGCAAACGACGGCGGCGGGUCUUUAGUUCUCGCUCACGACGAGCGCAAGCUGUUCGUUACGCGCGUGGUGCAGAUCGCGGUGUUAUGCGUUCUUUCACUCACGGUGAUGUUCGGGAUCUUCUUUCUCGGGUGCAACCUCAUGAUCAAGUCCGAAAGUAUGAUUAACUUCCUUGUCAAGGAACGGAGACCAUCCAAAGACGUCGAAGCGGUGAUGAUCGGACUGGGUUAGCCACGGGUGUCACCUGUAACCGGCCUGCAAUUAGCCUAUCCUCAGAUUGGGAGGCAGGAAGAUAUGCAACUUUUACGUUCACUCCCUUUGUGAAGAAAAUGUGGAUGAACUGUUCCUGAAACAAAGAUGACAGCUGCACGUUUACAAAAUAAGAAUGUAUUUAUUCAUGUUUACGUAGCUUUUUGUAGGUAUUUGAGGUCAGUUUGCAUGUGAUUUUUUACAGUGAAGUGUUUACACGUUUUUACCUCAUAAAAAGCAGAAUAGCCUAGCUACCUUCUGCAUUUAUUUGUAAAAUAAUGCGAACUAUGACUUUAGCGUCAGGGCGCUCGACGGUUCGUCUUGCCAAACGCAAAUUGUUUCUUUGGGCGCAAGAAAGUCCCUUAUUUAGAAUAUAGAACAAACAUUUUUUUUUGUCAUAAAGUACCGCGAUAACUAAUGAUUUAUUGACGCACCCGCACAAACUUCGUCAUAAUGGAAAGCGCAUGAGCUAUACGUGUUGUCGUGGUUCCUUCCUUGCCAGCUCAAUUUAGCGGUCGGUGUAGCCUAACUAUUAUUACUGAAAACCAUAAGUGAAACCUACAUAUAGUAGCCUAGCCUACUUCUAUAUGGGCAAAAAAUAUGUACAUUUAGUUUUGGGGUGGGGUAGGGGGGUUCAAGCCUUGGAGAAAUUCUGACUUCCCCAAACCCACCACCAGCCCGGUCUGUAUUAGACAAUCACUUCCAAAAGCAUGUUGUUUUGUGAACGCUGACUUUUGUACCUUGAAUCACAGGUGUUUUGAUUUUGAAGAUGUCAAAAUGUAUUUUUCUUGGAUGGGGGGGUGAUGCUCGUCUGUUGCGGCACUUGCACGUUUUCCAAAAUACUUCCCUGGUCGCAGCGGCUGACGUCUCUCCUUCUGCAUGCGCGGUGCUCGCUGUGUGUGUGUGUGUCAGACACUUUCUAAGUAACACCUCAAUGAAGCAUGGGAUAUUUUGUAAAAUUGACUUGCAAACAUGAAAUUGUGCAGCAUGCUUUGAAUAAAGUUGUUUAAACAUU